AAGUAAGUAGUCCGUAACCCCGUUUUUUUUUCCUUCACCUUUUUCUCUCUCCUCUCUCUCAAGUCUCAACAGUAGAAAUACCAAAAUCAAGAUUUGGAGAAGACAGACUAUACUCAAAUUUCAGGCAGACCUUCAGUAUUCAUUCAGAAAUGGAAGAAUCGGAGAGGGCAGCAAUAAGGGCUGCCUCUAAAGAGGUUUCUCAUGAAGUCAAUACUCUGAUGAAUGCGGAGGCUAUUGAUUCGCUCAAGCAAAUGCAACACCUCAUAUUAGGAAGAUUGCAAGACAGCAAUGCAGUGCUUUCACAUUUUAACGAAUACUCAGAGAAUUGUUAUGCAGAUGUCAUGGCUGACUUUUCAAAAAACACUCGUCUUUUGAAAUCAAUGAAGACUGACCUUGACUACAUAUUUCUGAAGCUGAGAAGCAUGAAGUCCAAGAUAUUUGCUACUUAUCCUGAUGCGUUUCCUAAUGAAUCCUUGGAAGUGGUCGACACUAGACCAGACCUUGAGGUGCCUGUGUGUGAAGAGAGUCAGCAAGGUCAUCCUAGUCCGACAGUAACCCAUGAUUCCCAUCAACCACCAACAGUAUAAUACAUUAUUUGAACGUUAACCAUCUUACAUUGUAGUUUGAACCUUGUUGAGUACUUGAGUGAGCUCUACUGUCAACUUUAAAUCUAUGGUAUAGAGUAUAGUUUUACUCCAA